CUUCAUUGCCACAAAACGUUGUCCGCGAGUAUGUGGCUGACGUUUGCUAUCAAACGCCAGUUUCACCCUUUCCACUAGCGGUGCGCUGCGUCUAGCAGUGCACCUUCACGUGUAGACGCUGCCAUGUGCAUGCAGUGCUAGCGGUCUUUGCAAUACUGCCUCCUCGUCUCGCCGUUGUCUCGCGAUAGCUCGACGGUGGGGUAGCCAAGAAUGCCGCUGGUGUUGGGUGGUGAACUGUAACAAUCGUGGCGGAAACACCUGUGGCCUGCAGCCACCUGUCAAGUUCCACACUCCUCCGGCUAAACGACAUCCGUUGGAAGGCGCGCAGGCAGGCAUGGCUAACCGCUGUCUGCAGAAUCAGGUUAUCUGCUGCACCGACGCACAGCCACCUCAUCGCAAAGGCAGCGCAGACGCAGAGGGUCGUGUAUCGACGACUACGGCAUUCAGGAUGGAGCACGCAAGCUUCGGCGGCAGCGACUUCGAUGUGUGCCCAGCUACCUUGUUUGGACAGUGCCGACUUUUGGUCAACGAACCUUGGGCGGAUGACGGCCAUGUCUACGGUGUACAAAAGGCGGACUGGAUCAGUGCAGCAUCGGGGCGUGAGGCCGGCACCAACAUGAUUGUGCCACUCACGCAUUUUCUUCUGCUAACGCAGGUUAUCUGCUGCACCGACGCACAGCCACCUCAUCGCAAAGGCAGCGCAGACGCAGAGGGUCGUGUAUCGACGACUACGGCAUUCAGGAUGGAGCACGCAAGCUUCGGCGGCAACGACUUCGAUGUGUGCCCAGCUACCUUGUUUGGACAGUGCCGACUUUUGGUCAACGAACCUUGGGCGGAUGACGGCCAUGUCUACGGUGUACAAAAGGCGGACUGGAUCAGUGCAGCAUCGGGGCGUGAGGCCGGCACCAACAUGAUUGUGCCACUCACGCAUUUUCUUCUGCUAACGCAGGUUGGUGAUUAUUCUAAUGAGAGUUUCACCUUUUACGUAUUCAUGGUGCCGGUUACGCCCCGUGGUUUAAGUGUGCAUUCAGAGUACCGUACUGUGCGUUGUCAUGCCAAACGUCGUUUCUUUUUACUGCGAAGAUAUGCAUUGUAUUUCUUGCUUUUAUUCCUGUGCGGUGACAUAGAGCUAAAUCCUGGCCCAACUACUGCUGAAACGCUGAAUCUAAUUUUGGAUGGCCAAAGGGAAAUAAAGGCCAAAUUACAGGCUAUCGAAACAUCGCAGAAUCAAGGCCAAAUAGCUAUAGAAGAGCUUAAGUCACGAUUAGAUUCUGUGGAAACUGCAAUAACACAGUUUGCAAACCUAAGAGGAGCUGUUACUGAAUGUAGGAAGAAAACUGAAGAUACCCACAGCACGGUGAAGGCCUUAUCCCGCAAAAUAGACGACUUGGAAAACCGCAGCAGGCGAUGUAACCUGAUAUUUUAUGGUGUCCCUGACAGUGAAAGUCGUGAACUGUCCGCUGUCUCCGAGAAAAAAGUACAAGAAAUUGUAUCACGUUUAGGACUAGCACCAGUGCAGAUUGAAAGGGCACACAGACUCGGCCGGUUCCAGGCCAAUAAACCUCGGCCGCUCAUUGCAAUGUUUUCAAUGUUUAAAGAUAAACAAGCGAUUCUAGCCAACGCCAAGAAACUAAAAGGAUCGAAUAUUAGUAUAUCAGAAGAUUUUUCAGAGGCAGUGCGCAGAAAACGAAAGUUUCUUUGGGAAUUCGGCAAAAGGAAUGCCCUUGACGGUGCUCGCGCAAACCUAAAAUAUGAUAAGCUGUUUAUUAACGGGCAAGCAUAUGUAUAUGAUGAAGGUAGGGGCCAGGUUGUGCAAACGACAUGACGCAUGCGCAGCUCCGUAGCAGAUGUAACUUUCCUUGUUGUCAACUGCCGUAGUAUCAAGAACAAAAUAGAUGAUUUCCACAACCUUCUGUGCAUGACCAAACCAACUGUAGUGCUUGGAACGGAAUCAUGGCUAGAUGAAGAAAUAACGAGCAAUGAAGUCUUUCCAAGCGGCUACACAUGCUUUAGGAACGAUAGAAACCGUCAUGGUGGUGGGGUCUUUAUACUUGUUCACACAUUGCUUUCUUGUUAUGCUCUUGAUAUCGGCAGCCCAAAUUGCGAGGAUAUAUGGUGCAAGAUUCGGUUACCAAACGGGAAAACAUUAUCAGUAUGUUCAUUUUAUAGGCCUCCUUCAAGCCCUCUUGCUUUCUUGUCUGAUUUUUCAAAGACGAUAGAGACAGUCAAUACAGAUUACCUUGUCAUUGGCGGGGACUUUAACAUCCCAGAGCUUUCUUGGAAUAAGCACCCUUCUAAUACUAGGGCUACAUCUGCAGUGGCAAAGGAAUUGUUGAUGAUACUAAGCAGUUUUUCCUUAACCCAGGUGGUAACAGAAGGUACGAGACAAAAUAACGUUUUAGACUUAAUUUUAACUAAUCAGCCAAAUUGGAUUAGGAAAGUUUUGGUGGUUCCAGGUAUUAGCGACCAUAAAGCUGUGGUUUGUGAAAUGAAGUUGACGUACGAAAAGACGCAAAGCUCGGGAGCCCGAAGGAUGUAUAAUUACAGCCAAGCCAACAUAAAUGAAAUAGGACUUGCAUUACAGGAAUUCCUCCCAAAAUUCGAAAUACUUUCUGAGACAAUCGGCGUUGAUGAGUUAUGGGUACUUUUCAAAGCAAAAAUGCUUGAGAUGCAGGAAAACUAUGUGCCGUCGUGGGUGCAGACCAAACGGCGCGCAAAAUCUAAGCCAUGGUUUAAUGGUGAGCUGCGACGCCUCACUAGUAAAAGAAAUAGGAUAUACAGGAAAUAUAAAAGAAACUCCAUUUCGGAAACUUGCGAUCAA